UCAAAUCAGCAUAUAUCAUCAUCGCAGAAUGAUACCUACAGUGUUUGAAAAAUGCAUAAUUAGUUUAUACGAUGCAUAUAUUAUAUACGCAAAUAAUUAAACAAAUAACUUUUAUAUAUAUACGUACACAUACAAGUAAUACAAGUGUACAAAUAAUAUAGCUUGUAAAUACGAACAAAUACGAAGCGAUGCAAAGUACCGCGCAGUAGCAGUACCACAUGUUCUAUUAACUAAAAAUAUUGUCGAAAGAUGGAGACACCGGUAUUCACAAAGCAAAGCAAAUAUUCAGGAGGGGAGCAGGAAUGCUAAUGUUUUUUUGAUGUAAUGUCGUAUUGGUAAUGUAAACAUAUACGUUGAAGUAAAUGCAUACAAUGUGUCAAAAUGACAUCCAUAGAAGUCGAAGGAAGUAUCACGAGUUCUCUACAUCUAGAAAGUCCAGCUUUGCCAGAACCACGAAAGGAAAGUUCACAAGUAUCGAAUAUUCAAAAAACACAAAGUGCAUCCAUCGAUGAAUCUUGCAAGGAAAACGAUAAAAUGGUAAUUGCAGAUACAACCGAUAGUAUUAAAGAUGUAACAGAUACUACAAACUGUGAUAAGACGAGAAACGAAAAUAAGAAUCAAAAUGAGAAUGAGAAGGAGGAGGAGGAGGUGAUUAUUUUAGAAAAUGAUAAGGAAAAAGUUAAUUGUAACAUAGAUAAAAUAGAAUGUGUUCAGAAUACAGGAAAAUCAGAUACAAUAUCGAAUGUGUUGAAAAAUGAUUCCAAGAUUAAUAAGAGUGAUGAUACAAAAGAGACUACAGCUAGGAGUGGAAAUCAUUUGAAAAGAAAGCAACGAAACUUUGCUACUCAAGAAGGAGAUUCACUUUCAGAGGAGAAUAAUUCUAGAAGUAAACGAAAACGAAAAAAUACGAGCGAUAGAUUUUGUUGGCGGUGUCAUAAAGAAUCUGUAGAAGCACACUGUAGCGCUUGUCCUCGAUCGUGGCAUCGCAGGUGCAUAGGGAUGCAACCACCGUCUACUGAGAAUUGGAUAUGUGGAGAAUGUGCAGCUAUUUUACAAGCAGAGAAUGCAGAAACCCGUUCUACGGCUAUGGCACAAUUAUCUGUCGACCAGUUAUGUUUAUUGUUAAAGCACGUGGUUGAAAUAAUGAGGGAAUAUCCUGGUUCGGAACCAUUCUGGAAACCGGUCCAACUAUCCGAAGCUCCGAAUUACCUAGAGUACGUAGUGAAACCAAUGGAUUUGAGUCUUUUGGAAUCAAACGUACAGGCAAAACUCUACGGCAGUACAGAUGCGUUUAUGGCCGAUGCUAAAUGGAUACAGCAUAACUGCAUUGUAUUUAAUACGUGCGGUGGUGUGUAUACCGACACAUCUAAAUUAACAAAUGCCGCGAAACAGGUAAUUAAAUUGGCACGGCAGGAAGUAUCAGAAAUCGAAGCUUGUCCCGAUUGUUAUGCUCAUGGAAGGAACUUGCCAAGACCACAGCCGUCGUGGUUUAUCGAACCCUGUUGUCGUCCCCAUCCACUCGUGUGGGCCAAAUUGAAAGGAUUUCCGUUCUGGCCAGCAAAAGCUAUGCCUCGAAUAAACUCUCAAGGUUUCGUAGACGUACGUUUCUUUGGUGAACACGAUCGGGCGUGGGUGCCACCGCGAGACUUGUACUUGUAUUCCGAAGAACCACCUGUUCCAUUACCGCGUAAACGGAGAUUGGAUAUGGAAGAAUGCGUCAGAGAAAUUACUCGACAUUGUCGAAAGCUCGAACUUGUAUUUGGUCAGUUUAAGUUUGCACCUCCAAAGGUGCAAUACAAUCCACAUGACCCAAUGCAAAUAAAAUUAUUGUUACCAAAUUAUGAUCCUCUUUGCUCGAAUAACUGUGCACCUUCGCAAUUUUUGCUUCCCAAGAAAAAGACAUUUCUGAAAAAACGACAACAACAACAGCAACACGUUAAAAAUAAGACACAAAACAAUUUCGAGAAAGCAGACAAUUCUAAUAUUGAAAAUAAGACGUCGAUUGAUUCUGACGCAAGUACCGAGGAAAGCAAAAGCAAAGAUAAAUUAUCGAAAGUACAAAAAUCCGAUCACUCAAACGAAGUUGAAUUAAUUUUAAUUACGCGAGAGGGUUCGAGUAUUUCGACGAGUUUAAACGAAACGAUAGAAAAAGAACAACAACAAUACCACAAGGAGGAGAACAAAAGACUUGAUAAAAAUCCAUCAACAAAUAAUUCAAAGUUAGCGAAGAAAGAGGAGGCGAAACCAGGUACAAGUAAAACUAAUGCAAACGAUAUAAACGAAAGUAACGCGAGCGGUAAGCGCGAUCCAAGUGAAAAAAACGUGAUACUAGAACGAAAUAAUAAUAAUUCGGAAAUAGUAACGAACGAUAAUAUGAAACCAUUAACGUGUUUGGAUAAGGACUCGAUAGAGGAUAUCCAAACGCUUAAGAUGGAAUCGUCUCUCUUAAAAAUGAACAUUAACGAAAAAGAAGAAGACUCCAACCAAAAUUGUUCAAACUCUCAAAGAAAUAGCAUUAAAGGAAUUAAAAACGUAGGAAAAGUUUACAAACCAAAAACUAGAAUGGUUGAUAAAGUGAACGCUGAGAAAGCAUUGAGAUCAAUCACGAGCGAACAACAUAAGAGAUUAACAACGACAGAAUCAACAGUUUCGGUUAAAAAGGCCAAUGUAAUAUCAUUGUCGUCGUCAUCAUCGUCAUCGUCAUCGUCGUCGUCGUCGUUGUCGUUAUCAUCAUCAUCAUCAUCAUCAUCAUCAUCAUCAUCAUCAUCAUCGUCGUCAUCGUCAUCGUCACUUGAUGUUUCAAAAAAUUCUUACAACAAUUUAAUAUCAUCUGAUUCGAUAUCAGCAACUAAUAAACCUCAAGUUGACAUCGGUGACGUUCAUCAGAUAACUAAAAAAAAUUCUUUGGAUCAGUCCGUUGCAUUAUUUUUAGUUGUAAACAAUAAUUUACCCGAUGUCGUUAAGAAAUCUAUUAGUGGUGGUGGUGGUGGUUUGUCGUUAGGUGAAAAAGAAAAAAUUAAUCAUGUUCAAACAGUUCAACAAGUACGAAAAGACACAUUGAUAACGUCGCAUCCGAAAAAAGAGAGUAAAGCUAGAAAAUCGUUUCCUAAUUCCAAUUCAAAGUCUCGCAUUUCUCAACCACCUGUAUCGGUCUCGUCGGCAAAUGCAUUGUCAAAUUCAAUCGAUUCCAUGGUCUAUAUUCCGGCUCAUCAAACUGAAAACUGUAUCGAAUAUCAAAUGCUUCCACCGGAAGCAGGACCUGUUAGCGCUCGUUUAUAUCACGGUGCUCAUGAUUUGGCCCGAAAAAUGGCUGAGUUGAUGGAGGAGGCAUAUAAACAAGCAACUCAAGAGAAUCAGAAUUGUGAAAACGCUACAUCCGAGAACCAUCAAGCGACAGUUCAUUUUUUACGAUUACAAAUAGAGCGUAUGAGAUGGCAGCAUCAACAACAACUUGCCGAACUGAAACACAACACUGAUCGAAUAUUAAGAGAAAUGAAGGCAAGUCUAGAAGCUGAACGAUUGCGGGCUAUCGAAGAAACUCGUAGGGAAACCGAAGAAGAAAAAUUACGAUGUAUCGAAGAAAUAAAACGCAAACAAUGGUGUGCAAUGUGCGGUCGAGAAGCAUUGUUUUAUUGCUGUUGGAAUACAGCAUAUUGCGAUUAUCCUUGUCAACAGUCUCAUUGGCCAACGCAUAUGAGAACAUGCGCUCAAAAACCUUCGUUCACUACUAUUGUUACUAGUUCUGCUACAAAUUCGAGUCAACAGCAGACAAUGCCGAGACUUGUGAUAAAUACACAGCAUGCGACAUCAAAUAUAUGGAGAGCUUAGAAUGCAUUAAUGGCUACUAAAUGCCUGAAAUUUAUGUGAAAAGUUUAAUAAAUUAUAAAUACAUGUUCUUUAAGUUCUGGUAAUAUCGUUAAAUUUUUAUUCCAUCGCUGUUGUCUUUUGUCUUUUCAUAUAAGUGGUAUAAUUUUAUUAUUACAAUGUUACGCGAACUAGCACUUUGUACGACAUUUUUUGUAUUGUAAAGAUGCAAUUGCUAAAAAAUAAAGAAUAUUUAUUGAGGGAGUA